AUGAAUGAGUCUUUAUUGGCAGAGGUCUCGAGUGACGAGGUCAGAGUUGCUGCCAUGCAGAUGGGCAGUUUAAAAGCUCCGGGCCCAGACGGCUUUCCGGGAAUCUUUUACCAAACUAAUUGGGACACCGUUGUUACGGAGGUGAAUGACUUAAUUGGGGAUAUGAUGAAUGGAACGGACAUCCCAGGGGGAAUCAACGCUACACACUUGGUUCUGAUUCCGAAGGUUCUUAAACCGGAAUCUGUGGAGCAAUUUCGUCCCAUUAGCCUCUGCAACUAUUCUUACAAGGUGCUUUCCAAGGUUUUGGCAAAUCGUCUCAAAGUGGUUAUCCCGGAUUUGAUUUCUCCUUCCCAAAAUGCUUUUGUGGCGGAGAGGCAAAUUCAAGACAAUAUUGGAAUUGCUCAUGAGCUUUUUCAUUUCCUAAAGGCUAGAAAAGCUAGGAGCCAAUUUGAAUUGGGAAUAAAGUUGGAUAUGCAAAAGGCCUAUGAUAGGGUGGAGUGGGACUUUUUAAUGGCAGUAAUGGAGAAGAUGGGGUUCGAUGAAAGAUGGCGAAAGUUGAUUUUGGGCUGUGUAUCGUCGGUGAAUUUCUCCAUCUUGCUAAAUGGUCAACCGGGAUCAAAGUUUGCUCCUUCUCGCGGGCUUCGGCAAGGCGAUCCUCUAUCCCCUUACCUGUUCCUUCUGGUUAGUGAAGUUCUUUCUCUUCUUAUCCAACAGGCUUGUGAGAGGAAGUGGAUAAAGGGGGUGCAGAUGAACCCGUCGGGUCCAAGUAUUUCCCAUAUUCUAUUUGCUGAUGAUACUCUGAUCUUUAUUAAGGCUGAGGAAGUGAACCGUAGGAAUCUAAUUCAGCUGAUUGAUAAUUUUUGCGCGGCUUCUGGCCAGCAGGUGAAUAAGUCUAAAUCUAGUGUGUGUUUUGGUUCUAAUGUCCCUGAGGAGAUCUCUCGACAUCUAUCUAAUAUUCUCGGUUUUGAGAGGGUGGGUGAUCCGGGGAUGUAUCUCAGGGUUCUUGCUAUAUGGGGAAGAUCUAAAAAACCGGGUUGGCCUAUGUUAAAGGCCCGUUAUUUUCCUAAUUGCUCUUUCCUCGAUGCUAAGAAGGGUGGGAGAGCUUCUUGGGUUUGGGCUAGCCUCCUAGCUGGAAGAGAGAUUCUUGGGGAAGGUGCUCAUUGGCAGAUCAUGGACGGAAAUGACACGAGGGUUUGGGUGGAUAGAUGGCUCCCCCCCAUUCCUUUAGGGAGACCGUCCCCAUUGGGGUCAAUUCAAGUUUCGAAAAAUCUAAAGGUGAAGUCUCUUAUUUGUCCUGUGAGCGGGGAAUGGGACUUGGAUUUUUUAAAACCUUUCUUGGCGGAUUCUGAAGUUGAGGCAAUAUUGGAUUUGCACACUGGUGAUCCGACGCUUAAGGACAGAUUGGUUUGGCCUCAUGAAAAAAGGGGGUCUUAUUCUGUCGAAUCAGGUUAUUAUUGGAGCCUCAAUCGAUCUAUUGAUCGCAGCCAACAAUCUAUCAAGUUGGCCUCCAUUCCUUCUACCUUAUGGAAGACUGUAUGGAAGUUGAAGGUGGAGGUGGUUUGGCUUGGAGGAAUGCUGAAUCUGAGACCUAACCGGCAGCAUGUUUCGAGCUGGGCUAGUUGGCUCAUGCAAAUGGGUGAGGCUGAGAAUGGGUCAGCGGAGGUGAGGAUUAAUAUGAUUUCAUAUAUUGCUUUUACAUGCUGGCAUAUUUGGAAAUCUAGAUGUGAAUUUCAGUUCAACAAUCAGGUUAUCUACCCCAGCAGGGUGGUUGCUGCUGUCUCCCGAUCGGUCUCGGCUUACCAGGAGACAAUCUUUAGGCAGAGUUCCCUCUCUUUGCUCAACCAAUCGAGUUUGGGUGAUGGAGCUCAGUGGUCUCCUCCGAAUCAAGGUGUUAUCAAAAUUAACGUGGAUGCCAGCUGGGAGGCAAAGACGGGGGUGGGUUUCACGGGGGUAGUGGCGAGGGAUGAGCAUGGUCGAUUUUUGGCUACUUCUAGGCACAAGAUUAUGGCUACUGGUGCUACUAUGGUGGAAGCAUUGGCCAUUAUGCAUGGGUGUAAUCUGGGGGUGAGCAACGGAUGGAAUUCGAUAUGUGUUGAAUCAGACUCUUUCGAUGCAAUCUCUUGUUUGAGGGAUCCGGCAAAGAAGGGCAAUUGGGAUGCUUUUCCAAUUCUCAGGAAGUGCUUUAGAUUGGGAAGGGCUUUUCAAGCUUGCCGCUGGUCUUGGGUUCCAAGACUGGCCAACUUGGUCGCGGACUGUUUGGCGUCGCACAAUUGUAAGGAAGUAUGUGAUCAAGUUUGGGUCAAUAGACCCCCAUCUUCCCUGGUCCAUGUUUUAUGUAAUGAUGGCCUUCCUUGCCCUCCGUAG